CCCGCAUCACCCAAAGGGUCCCUGCAUCAUCUGAAGGGGUCCCUGCUGGGGGUCCCCACGUUGCCUGGAGGGGGGUCCCUGCUCGUAGGGUCUCCACAUCACCCAGAAGGGUCCCUGCAGCAACUGGGGGGGCCCUGCAUCAUCCGGGGGGAUCCCCUGCACCACCGGGAGGGUCCCCACAUCCAGCCCUGACCCCCCACAGCCCCGUUCUCCCCCCUGUCUCCCACGCCGUUGGCCAGCUGGGCUGGGCGCCCAGUGGCCCCCCGUGCCCGGGGAGCCCCCCGUGGGGCAGCAGGGACCCGUGGGUGCCCCCAGCUCCCCCUGCCCAGGUACGGGAGGGUGUUGGGGUGCCCGGCUGUGCCCGCCACGCGAGGCUGGUUUUUGGGAUGCUCUACCCGGCCUACGCGUCCUACAAGGCUGUGAAGGCCAAAAACAUCCGGGAAUACGUCCGAUGGAUGAUGUACUGGAUCGUCUUCGCCCUCUUCAUGGCCACAGAGACCUUCACUGACCUUCUCAUCUCCUGGUUCCCCUUCUACUACGAGGUGAAGAUGGCCUUUGUGCUGUGGCUGCUGUCCCCGUACACGCGGGGGGCCAGCCUGCUCUACCGCCGCUUCGUGCACCCCACGCUGGCCCGCAAGGAGAAGGACAUCGACACCUUCCUGGUGCGGACCCGGGAACGGAGCUACGAGGCGAUGCUGCACUUUGGCAAGAAGGGCCUCAACCUGGCGGCCACCGCCGCCGUCCAGGCGGCCACCAAGAGCCAGGGCGCCCUGGCCGGGAGGCUGCGCAGCUUCAGCAUGCAGGACCUGCGCUCCCUGCCCGACGAGGGCCCCACCAGCUUCCAGGACCCGCUGUACCUGGAGGAGCAGGACAGCCGCCGGCUGGGCUGCGGCGCAGCCCCGGCCGGCCGGCGCUACGAGAGCGAGACGGAGGACGAGGAGCCGUGGUCGGACUCGCAGGUGUCCCCUCAACCUUCCCCACGCCGGGAUCACAAGCCCCUGUCCCGCAGCCAGAGCCUGCGCUCCCUGAGGAAGGCCCCGGGAAAGGAGGGCUCUUCUCGGCUCCUGCGCAUCAGGAUCAGGAGGAAAACGACUCCCUCGGAUCUGGACGGCUAAAAAUCCCGGGAAACCCCUGCCAGGAGCCUUUACAUGAGUUUGCUGCUGCAGCGUGGGGAAGGGGAGGCGGUUUCUGCAUUCCCUGGGGGGGGGUGGGGAGGGUCCUGUAUCCCUGGGGUGGGGUGGGGUGGGGGGGUCCUGCAUCCUGACACUGUAAAUGCCUUCUGUGACCUCUGUGGUGCCUCGUGGAGGGGGCACCACCUCGCUGUGCCCACACACUGCUGCUCCCAGUGCCCCCUCCCAGACCCCCCAGCUUGGCGCUGGCGCCUCUCCCUGUGGGGUCUGUGAGUGUCCCCCCCCCUUUUCUACCACCCCACGAACUCUACACACGCUCUGGGGUCCCCUCCCAUCCUGCCACAGUGCCUUGUUCCCCACAUUCCCUUUCUCCCAGCAGCCAGGGAUGGGAUGGGAUGGGAUGUGCCUUGUCCCUCUGAAGCCAAAGACUUUUGGGGCCCCCCCUGCCACCUCCAGACACAGACUGACACCCCCACACUUGAACCUGUAGGGGGUGGGGGGGCUGGUGCUUCACCAUUGCCUUGCUGGACACCACAUUCCCAGGCUUUUAACAUUCCCCUCUCCCCCCCAAAAAUAGGGGGUUUUGUACAUGGAAAAAUAAGUAAAUAAAUGCUGUUUCAGA